AUGCUGAGGCUCACGAUAGCAGGCUGCGGCCGGGGCGGCCAGAGGACCGUGACCUUUUUUGCAGCAUCGGCAGCGACGUCAACGCCUUUGUCGCCCUUUGCGCUGGCCUCGGUAUGGCCCCAAACACAGACACAGCCGUCGGGCGCACAAACAAGGCCAAUAUCGACCACAUCGAAAGUGUCGGCCGUGUCGAUACCCUGUGCUCCGUCCCUUGGAUCGCCGUCACGUGCUCAGAGUCCGCUCCGUGGGGUCCUUCUAUCUCGUCUACGGAGCGGUGCUCUCGGCCGGCAACAGCAGCACGUGCGCCUCCUAUCGGACAAGGGCUCCCUGUCACCACCUACUCCAGCCAGUUCGUCCUCUUCAUCCCACACACUCCCGCCCACGACCACAACCCGCCACGAGAACAUCUAUACCGUCCCCAACUUUCUGACGGUCGCCCGCCUCAUUGCCGCGCCCUUUGUCGGCUACCUGAUCGUCGCCGACCAGCCUGGCUGGGCCCUCUCCCUGCUGGCCGCCGCUGCCGUCACUGACAUUCUGGAUGGCUGGAUCGCCCGCCGCUGGAACCUGCACACCGUCGUCGGCAGCGUGAUCGACCCCAUGGCCGACAAGGUGCUCAUGACCGUGCUGGCCGUGAGCUUAGCCGCGCAGGGCGGGCUGCCCGUGUGGCUGGCCGUGCUCGUCCUGGGCCGCGACGCGGGGCUGGGCGUGGCCGCCAUCUACUACCGCUGGGUGUCGCUGCCGCCGCCCAAGACGUUUUCGCGGUACUGGGACUUCUCGCUGCCGUCGGCCGAGGUGCGGCCGACAACCAUUAGCAAGUACAACACGUUCUUGCAGCUGGCGCUGAUGGGGGUGACCACGGCAGCGCCCGUUCUGGCGGCAAGCACGGGCACGGUGGCGGCGAUGCUCGGCGGACCGUACGACCUGACGGCCGCGCUGACAGUGAUGCAGUACAUUGUGGCAGUGACGACGGUGUGGAGCGGCGCGAGCUACGUGUACAGCAAGGACGCCGUCAAGAUCUUGACGCAAAAGACCAAGUCGCCAUGA